AUGCCCUUUGCAACAUCCAACCAUGUCUCUGGCAAAAGGAAGCCAGAUACAAAUGUCUCCAACGAAACUCAUUUGACGAAGCGACCCCGAAACAACGAACCUAAGACUCCAACACCAGCUCUGCUAGCUCCCCACGAAACCAUCAUCGCUGAACUCAACUCCAAAUAUGACAUCCUACCUGCUUCAGUUAUCUCGUCAACGAGAAUCAAGAAGCGCAUCAUGCAGGUCGCAAAUCACAUAAUGACCCAAGGCGAUCGACCUCCAGUAGCACUGCUGUAUGCGCGAACCGGCGAUGUUUGCAAGCUCAUCACAGUGGUAGAAAAAUGCAAGCGGAUUGUUGCUGAGGAAGGGAAAGCAUAUUAUCAGUACAACCAGCUAUUUGACCAACCAGAAAAGUCUAAAAGCAAGGAUAUUAUUGAAGAGACAAUUCUCGAAAAGAACAUUCAGGAAGACAAUGAUUCUGACAACGACGAAUUCGAGGUUAUGCAUAGCCGAUUUGAAAGUGCAGUGCUACCUCAACCCUCGCCACGAUCUGUGAAAUCGUUGAGGGUUUUCAUUUCGACUGUGCCCAUACAGGAAUUGAAAAUAAAGAAGGGUGUUACGGUCCAGUCUGGUACAGCCGAGCAAGCUUGA